GAAUUUUACAAAUGGAAUAGUACUUCUUCUAAGUGUCGUGAAACAUCAAAGCGAAUUCGACACAAAAGUUAAUUUCCCGCAGCUCAAUAUCGCAAUAGACGAAAUUAAUAACGCCAUGGGAGAUUAUCAUGGCAACGCUCAACAAAAUGUACGCGAGGCAGCGCGUUUAAAUAAAGAUGCUCAAUCAUCUUAUCAUAAAUCGGUUGGCCCGGUAUUCGACUGGUGUGGGGAGGCGAUUGACAAUUUCAACGUUAUCCUUCCCCAUAUAAAAAAAGAAAAAGUGUCAGAUGAAGAUAAGGACUUCAUAUGGAUGCAAACUGUGACUACCAUAAACGAUGGACUCAUCAGAACUUCAAAAUCAUUGAGAAAAUUGAACGAUGUUCAAGUUACAUCAUCCAGAGUGAAGAAUUUACUUGCAACCAUUUUGCAUGACACGCACGAAGAUUUUGGUUCAUACGGAUAUUACGGAAGAAGGAAAAGUGAUAUCCAAGAAGAUAUAGACCAUUAUGUGAAAUGCGUAAACGAGUUAGAUUUUGCGAAAUACAUUCCGAUUGCAAAUAUUGUUGGUUGGAUUCUUGAAUAUUUUAACGAAUCCAGGAAAAAGUUAAGGCAAGCUAAAGAUCAAAAAUGGGAUAUUGAAAACAAGUUUAAUAAAAUCAUACCUAAAAUCAAAAACGCUACUAAAGUAGCAGAAACGUUAGUUAUUCCCUAUUUGGAAGAGGAUAUAACGAACUUGUUUGUCCUUAGGGGCAACGCUGGUAAUGUGGACAACCAAAACCCACUCUUAAAAAUGGAAAGUCAGACUCUCCGGACAUCAUUGGCGGCUCCCAUUCAGGAUUUGAUUAACCAAUGCAGUAAAUACAGGGCGUGGCAUGGGAAAAUUUAGGUCCAUGAAUGCGGCAUUAAUGCGAGCAGUCCUUUCAUUAAACUUGAAAUCAAAAAAUUGUUUCUUUUACUUUUAAUACCUUUUUAUCAAAUAUUGAUUUAAAUAUAUUUUGUAUGAAUUUUUUUUAAUGACAGAAUUUGCUUAAA